GGCACUAUUGGCUGGAUUCUUCCUCUGCGCUCUGGCAACCCGGGCGCUCUCGCUUCCGGAAAACACAGAUAAACAUGGCGGCCUGCACAGGUUCAGGUGUCGUGGUUCCCAGAAGUUUUCGUUUGCUCGAGGAGUUGGAGGAGGGCCAGAAGGGCUCUGGAGACGGUACUGUAAGCUGGGGCCUGGCAGACGAUGAGGAUAGAUCGUUAACCUACUGGACAGGUGUUAUCUUUGGACCACCAAAGACUGUUUAUGAAAACAGAAUAUACAGCCUGAAAAUUGAAUGUGGACCCAAAUAUCCUGAGCACCCUCCUCAUGUGCGCUUCAUAACUCAGAUCCACAUGAGUGGAGUACACAGAUCAACUGGGCUGGUGGACACAAAGGCCGUGCCCUCUUUGGCCCGAUGGAAGACCACUUACUACAUCCGAACGGUACUGCAGGAGCUCAGACACCACAUGAUGGCAAAAGAGAACAGCAAACUGUCCCAGCCACCCGAAGGCCUGGUGUACAGCAACUGAUGCCACCCUCCCGCCCCCUCACACGCACCACACAUUCAACACUAAGUCCACACAGGGCUCACAGGUCAGCCCUCACCAGUGCCCCAAGUGCACCAAACAGACCUGCUGUUCCAAGUCACUGGGUCACAUCAUUCCUCUAGAGCUCAGCGUAACAUUUUUAACUUGAUCGAGUGUCCUGAUUUCAUAUGCACCAUUGAUUUUAAGGGUUGUCCCAUACUGUAUUCACCGUGGCAAAGAAUAUCAGUUGGUGUAGAAAAAGAAAAAUCGGUUCUAAAUCUCUUUUCAGAAUUAAAGUACUUAAAGAAUGUUGGAUGGAACUUAUUUCUUCCACUGUGCUGAAAAUUUUCAGAAGUUUUUAAAAAUGAAUGAAUUUGUUUGUUGAAUGACCAAUGAUAUCUGAAUGAAAUUAUUCUCUAAACCAAGAAAUAAUAGCCAUUGGGUGCAAGAUGUUUUUUAUAUUGGCUAUGUAACAACUUCCCUUUGAUCAAUUCCCAAGCAUUAAUAGAAAAAAUAUAUUUUAGUUUCAGUUGUUAGAUUGCCAAUAAGAUCUAUGUGAAUGUAGGCAUGAUCAUUCUAAACCUUGAAUCAUGAUUGUUGCAAAGUCAUAGUAUCUUUGCAUUAAAUUAACCAAAAUUGACAGAUACAACGUGAUAGAAUGUAAAAGAAUUCAUCUUUCAAGUGACAUUCUCCAGGAAGACAAGAUUUUGCAAAUGCUGGGUCCAAUUUCCAUCCUUGGAAGAUUCUCCCGCUGAUGUGAAUUGACAGUUCAGUGUCUGGUACAUGGAACCAUCUGCUAAUUAGUAUAGCUCAUUAGGCUAUCAGACGUGUCUUGUGUGCCAUAUGGUCCAAAAAGGUGAUGGAUGGCAGUGUUGGAGGUGGGGUGGAGCACUGUCAGGAUCCCCACUGUCCUAUGACCUGUACCAAACAGGUGGAGCUCUUUUUGUUUGUUCUUGUUUGUAUAUCUUAUUUGGGUUUCUGGACAUGUUUACUCUUUUUCUCAUAUGGCAUAUGUUCACUGAACGCGUUGUACGGCUUUGGAUGUUUAUUUUAUAAUGGGAUUAAAAGGGCGGCAGUGACCUAUUGCAUGAUUUUAUUGAAUUAAACGUUAUUACUUUUG